CUUCAUGUUUCUCUCCUGGCUCUCCAGAUUUCUGUUGUUGCUUCAAGCUGUCAUUUUCCCUCCACUCCCUCUAUCCCCUCUCCACCCAUCCUGUUCACCAUUCAGUCAACCGUAACCGCGUUUGUCGCGUACCUUUCACACUCCGAAUCCGUUACUAUCGUGUCAUGUCUUCUCCAAUGAAUGCGAUCAAGAUCCGCAGGAAGAAAAAUGUCAAGAAGGGCAUUCAGUUCUGCCUGAUGGUGUGCGGUGCCUCGGGCACAGGCAGAACAACCUUCGUCAAUACCCUCUGCGGCAAGAAGGUCCUUGAGCACUUGGACUGUGAAGAUCCCACUACUGCUCAUGUUGAAGAGGGUGUGAAGAUCAAGCCAAUCACCGUCGAACUAGAGCUCGAUGAGGAGGGGACGCGCAUUUCAUUGACAAUCGUCGACACUCCGGGAUUUGGUGACCAAAUCGACAACGAAGCAAGCUUCUCCGAAAUCGUUGGGUAUCUCGAGAGGCAAUAUGACGACAUUCUCGCCGAAGAGUCAAGGAUCAAGCGUAAUCCUCGAUUCCGAGACAAUCGAGUCCAUGUUCUCCUUUACUUCAUCACCCCAACUGGUCAUGGUCUCCGUGAACUCGACAUCGAACUCAUGAAGCGCCUCUCGCCCCGCGUCAAUGUCAUCCCUGUCAUCGGCAAGGCCGAUUCGCUCACUCCCGCCGAGUUGGCCGAGUCCAAGCGAUUGGUCAUGGAGGACAUCGAGCACUAUCGCAUCCCGGUAUACAACUUCCCCUACGACAUCGAGGAGGAUGACGAGGACACCGUGGAGGAGAAUGCAGAGCUCCGAGGCUUGAUGCCAUUCGCCAUUGUCGGAUCGGAAGAUAUCGUGGAAGUGCACGGCCGGAAGGUCCGCGCGAGACAGUACCCGUGGGGUAUCGUUGAGGUCGACAAUCCCCGACACUCCGAUUUCCUGGCCGUUCGUAGUGCCCUGCUGCACAGCCAUCUUGCCGAUCUCAAGGAAAUCACCCAUGACUUCCUGUACGAGAACUAUCGUACCGAAAAGCUCAGCAAGAGUGUGGAGGGUGGUGCCGCAGCAGAUUCAUCCAUGAACCCCGAGGAUCUCGCCUCCCAAUCCGUCCGGCUCAAGGAGGAGCAACUCCGCCGCGAAGAGGAGAAACUGCGCGAGAUCGAAUCCAAGGUGCAGCGCGAGAUCCAGGAGAAACGACAGGAGCUGCUUGCACGCGAGAGCCAGCUCAAGGAGAUCGAGGCCCGGAUGCACCGCGAGCAGCUGGCGGUCUCGAACAUGGCGUCGCCCGAGCUGCGCGACGAGGAGGCAUGAGUGUGUCGAAAAGAACUUUCUCACGGCGCAAAUAUCGGGUACAGAGGGUUCGUUUGAGAGCGGCUGGUGCAUCUGGCAGGGCGGUUCUGCUCCGGCAGCCC